UAACUCGCCGGGAGUAGGCUGGGACCAGCAGCCGCACCGCCCAGCCCCAAAGGGCACCGCGGGCGGGUCUCUGCAGCUCCCACUGUAGCAGCCCCGCCGCAGGUGCCGCCCCCAACACCCCGGAUCCCGCCCAAGCUCCUCUGUUUGCCGUCGGUCGGUGCGUGCGUGCGCCUCGUCGGUCCGCGUGUGUGUGGCCGAGCGCCCCCUUCCUCUGCGGCCAUGACUCCACCGCCGCCUCCGCCCCCACCCCCGGGCCCAGAUCCCGCAGUAGACUCCGCCACCGACCCCAGCCCCGGGCCCGAGUCGCUGGUCGUUUUGUUUGGGGCCACUGCUGGUGCGCUGGGGCCGGACCUAGGCUCGGACGAGACCGACUUAAUCCUCCUAGUUUGGCAAGUGGUGGAGCCGCGCAGCCGACAGGUGGGGACCCUGCACAAGUCGCUGGUUCGCGGUGAGGCGGCUGCACUGAGCCCGCAGUGCCGCGAGGCGAGCGGCCUCAGCGCAGACAGCCUAGCGCGGGCGGAGUCCCUGGACAAGGUGCUGCAGCAGUUCUCACAGCUGGUGAGCAGGGAUGUGGCUCUGCUGGGUGGAGGCCCCUACGUGCUCUGCACUGAUGGGCAGCAGCUGUUGCGACAGGUUCUGCACCCUGAGGCCUCCAGGAAGAACCUGGUGCUCCCGGACACCUUCUUCUCCUUCUACGACCUCCGAAGAGAGUUCCAUAUGCAGCACCCAAGCGCCUGCCCCACCAGGGACCUCACAGUGGGCACCAUGGCACAGGACUUGGGACUGGAAACAGAUGCAACAGAAGAUGACUUUGGGGUCUGGGAAGUUAAGACCAUGGUAGCUGUUAUUCUCCACCUACUUGAAGGGCCCAAUGGUCAGUUGUUUUCGAAGCCAGAGGUGGUAAAGCAGAAAUAUGAAACGGGGCCUUGCUCUGAUCCCGUGUCCUGCCCCCACAGCAGCAAGGCUGAUGUGGUGGACAAUGAGACUGUCGUACGGGCCCGGGGGUUGCCCUGGCAGUCAUCAGACCAGGAUGUGGCUCGAUUCUUCAAAGGGCUCAACAUUGCCAGGGGUGGUGUAGCACUCUGUCUCAACGCCCAGGGCCGCAGAAAUGGCGAGGCCCUCAUCCGAUUCGUGGACAGCGAGCAGCGGGACCUAGCGCUGCAGAGACACAAGCACCACAUGGGUGUCCGCUAUAUUGAGGUAUAUAAAGCCACAGGGGAGGAGUUUAUAAAGAUCGCAGGGGGCACAUCACUAGAGGUGGCCCGUUUCCUGUCACGGGAAGAUCAAGUGAUCCUGAGGCUACGGGGACUCCCUUUUUCAGCUGGGCCAACAGAUGUUCUGGGCUUCCUGGGGCCAGAAUGCCCAGUGACUGGGGGUGCUGAUGGGCUGCUCUUUGUGCGCCACCCUGAUGGCAGGCCAACUGGAGAUGCCUUCGCUCUCUUUGCCUGUGAGGAACAGGCACAGGCUGCUCUGCGCAGGCACAAAGGCAUGCUGGGUAAGCGAUACAUCGAACUCUUCAGGAGCACUGCAGCUGAGGUGCAGCAGGUCCUGAACCGCUAUGCAACCAGCCCACUCCUUCCCACACUGACUGCUCCACUGCUGCCCAUGCCCUUCCCACUGGCAGGAGGGACCGGGAGGGACUGUGUCCGCCUUCGAGGCCUGCCCUACACAGCCACCAUUGAAGACAUUCUGAGUUUUCUAGGAGAAGCAGCAGCUGACAUUCGGCCUCAUGGUGUGCAUAUGGUGCUCAACCAGCAGGGCCGGCCAUCUGGUGAUGCCUUCAUCCAGAUGAUGUCAUCGGAGCGUGCUCUGGCUGCUGCCCAGCGUUGCCACAAGAAGGUGAUGAAAGAACGCUACGUGGAAGUCGUCCCUUGUUCCACAGAGGAGAUGAGCCGUGUGCUGAUGGGGGGUUCCUUGAGCCGCAGUGGCAUGUCCCCCCCACCCUGCAAACUGCCCUGCCUCUCACCACCUACCUAUGCCACCUUCCAAGCCACCCCAGCCCUCAUUCCCACAGAGACAACUGCACUAUAUCCUUCGUCUGCACUGCUUCCAGCUGCCAGAGUACCUGCUGCCCCUGCUCCUCUUGCCUACUACCCAGGGCCAGCCACUCAACUGUACAUGAACUACACAGCCUACUACCCCAGUCCCCCAGUCUCCCCCACUACUGUGGGCUACCUCACCACACCUCCUACGGCCUUGGCCUCUGCUCCCACCUCAAUGUUGUCACAGCCAGGGGCCCUGGUCCGAAUGCAGGGGGUCCCAUAUACGGCUGGUGUGAAGGAUCUCCUCAGUGUCUUCCAAGCCUACCAGCUGGCCCCUGAUGACUACACCACUCUGAUGUCUGUUGGUGACCCACCUCGCACUGUGUUACAAGCUCCCAAGGAGUGGGUGUGUUUGUAGAAGAGGAAACCAGGAAGCAGACUGAGCUGAUGUCCUCCGCUAACAUGCCUUUCCUGAGUGCAGAGGACCCUCAAUCCAGUGGCUUCUUUCUGGCUUAUCCAAGCUCUCAAAGGCACCCGGAAAAGACCAAGCUCGGCAGCAUUCUCCUUCCUUCCAUAUACCCUUGUUCCUCUGCCUGCUUACCCUAAAGAUGAUGACUACCUUACAGGCAGGGCUGGGGUGAUGAGGCUGCUCUAUUCCUGAUGGUGUGACACCCAGGAAGCCUUUGAUCUGUCCUUGGCCCUCAAAUACUAGAGUUGAAGGGUACACAGCAGGCCCAGGUUGAUAUUUAUGAUUCUUGGGAAAAUCAAGAUUCCACCUGAGCCUGAGACCCCAACUCUCUACUCUCCACAGUCUUCCAGGAGGCAGGAAGGCAGCAAGUUAGUACCCACCCUCAGGGUACCUGGACCUCAGAAACAAAGUGCCAGGGGUGGCCUCAAAUAAGUCCCCUCCAGCCACACCCAAGGACUUCAGAUGGCAAAACCACCAGCUGGAUGUGAUGGUUCACGCCUGUAACUCAGCACUCAGGAGGCAGUUUGGUCUACACAGUCAGUUCUAGGCCAGCCAAGGCUGUAUAGCUCCUACCACAAACUACAAAAACCCCAAGCUAUUCUGGACUGCGCUCCUGCAAUAUCCCCAGAGAACACCAGAGGGCAGGUAGCACUUGCAAACUCAGGUUGAAUUUAAAUGGGACUUGGUCAACGUUUUCUUGCAACACCUUGGAAGACCAGAUGUCCAGAGCCCAGCAAACACUGUGGUAUGUCCUUUGCAUCCAUUAAUGGGUGCAGGACUCAUCCCAGAAGGAAUUUCGAACUCUAUCUUUUCCGUAAAGUGAAUGAAAGUUCCUGGUCAAGUGGACUUUUAAGAAGCCACAGAGCCCUUAACUCUGGCCCAAAGGGUUCCACAGCAGUCCCAGAUGGAUAAAGACUCAGAUUUCGAGGAGACUGUUGAUCUGUCACUGUUUAUUAUUUCAGCACUGUAACCGAGGAGGAGCCUCAACUGCCGGCUCAUCUUCCCUUUGUAUUUGUGUAAGGAGCACUGCACUCCUAUAAAAGAUUUUAAAAUACAAAAUGUACAAGAAAACACAAUUCCAAGUGCUGUAAACAUAACUGAGAACCAAUUUCUUUACCUAAACAUCCGUUCUAUAAAACACGUGGUUUCAACUUGAGCCCACCUGAGCCUUGUUCAGAUACAGAACAAGAUGACCAUGUGUUCUACAUAUUAAAAACUGGGUCUCUCAGCUAGGCCCAGCAGAGGUCUGGUGAUACUGGCUGGU